ACAUUGUAAGUUUUGUUGAGAAAGGUACAAAUAGCUCGUGGUCCAACAAAUUAUUACUAGAUUGUGCUUAUAUCGAUGAUGCAACACUGCGCAACUUAUUUCGCGAGAUAAGAUUUUAAACCAAUGCAUUUUAAUGCAGUUUAUAAGUAGUCUGUCGAUGCUGAUCUACGCAACAUUCUCCAUAGAAGCAGGAACAAAUAGAAUUGAACAACUUAUUUAUACGAGUACGUUCGCAAACAUGGAUAUUACUUUCUAUGAAUUUCGAAGUUACAUUCCGGAAGAUUGGAGAGAAAUAUUUGCAGAGCAGGACUUAAAAUUAGUGUACGAAAAUUUAAGUAAAGAAUUGACGGUGCGUCCAUCCCUUGAGAACGUAUUCAGGUGCUUUAAAUACUUCCUACCCACAGAAACCAAAGUGGUUAUUCUCGGCCAAGAUCCGUAUCCAAAGCCAAAUAUGGCUGACGGUCUAAGUUUCUCCUGCUCCGACACUAUCGGAUUGAUUCCCGGGUCCCUCAGGAAUAUAAUUAAAGAAAUUUUUAAGCAAUUCCACAGACCUCAUGAUGCAAACCGAAUCGAGAGAGGAGUGGUAAGCACCGAACUCGAGCAUCUAGCUCGACAGGGCGUACUACUUUUAAACUCGAUUCUAACAGUAGGAAGUAAGAAGAGUCACAAGUCUAUAGGCUGGGUAGAGAUAACCGAUGAAAUCAUCUCCUGGCUAGCUCGCGAAUGUGACGGCAUAGUUUUCCUAUUGUUCGGAACCCGCGCCCAUGAAAAAACGAAAUUCAUCCGAAAUCCGACUCACUGUAUCAUUAAAACCAGCCACCCAUCUGCGAUAUCUUACAAAAAAGACGGAGGAGAUAAGUACAAGUCAUUUUGCGACUCUGGUUGUUUCUGGGCCUGCAACAAAUUUUUUGAGGAUAGAGGUUUAGAUGCGAUCGAUUGGAUACCGGAACUUGCGGGUUUCUGGAUGCUCUCGACGUUCAUCCAGUUUCCACUUCAAGCGUUCCUCCUGUUCGAUUCGCGUCUCCAAAUCUAUUACAUACAAGUGGCGGCUCAAGGCGUAAUGUUUCUACUUCUCUCAAUCGAGUUGAUCUGCGGAUACUGCGCUUUGAAGUACACCGCCAAUCAGCAAGCGAACUACUAUAGAAUAGUGAAACUCAGAAAUGAAAUUGACGGCAGUGAUAGCGCAAUUAAAAAAUCAAAAUAA